UAGACUCAGAACUAAGUGGCUCAAGCGGAGCAACGCGGGCGCAUCGUAUAGCAGCCGUGGGAAAUCGAUCUAUAGCAACCUGAAAGCAAUGCCACUGCAUCGAAGCCCCCUCCCAGUCCUCCUCAUCACAUCUUCACCAUCGCUCUUGCCCCAUGUCUGCGGUAAGUUAGCAAACGAGCUCAGUUGGGUGCGAAGUGUGUAACAUGCUUGCGACAGCACGAAGAAGAGGAUUUCGCCCCUUCGGCCACUCCGGGUAGGCAGCAUCCACCUGACCACUGAUCCAAGGCGAAACUGAGGUGUCAUCUGGAUAGGCUACAAGCCACGGCGGCGAAGAGCGUCGAUGAUUAUGCCAAAAUGGACGCGGAGGAUGAGAGCUUAGCGCGCUGGAAGGCCAGCCUGGGUAUCGCACCGGGUGCCUCGACUGCCCCCGCCAGUGGUCCCAAGGUCACCGUCUUUACCCUUGAGCUUGAUUCUCCCACAUUGCCGGCUGGCAAGAAGCUCGUGCUUGACAUCCAGGAUCCCGCGCAGCUCGCGAAUGUGAAGAAGAAUCCGAUCGCCAUCAAGGAGGGUGUAGAGUACAAUGUCCGUAUCACGUUCAAGGUCAACCACUCGAUCAUCUCGGGUGUUCGGUAUAUGCAGGUUGUGAAACGCGCUGGUGUCCGAGUGGACAGAAUGGAACAGAUGCUUGGUUCUUACGGCCCACACCCCAAGGGAGAGGCAUACACCAAGAACUUUGACCCAGAGGAGUCUCCGUCCGGCAUGCUCGCUCGUUCUGGCACGUAUAACGUCAGGAGCCGUGUCGUUGACGAUGACGGCGAGGUGUACGCUGACUGGGACUGGUCUUUCAAGCUGGCGAAGGAAUGGUAGAGGAACGUCGUCGUCCGGAGGCAUCAUGGAAUCUGUAUCACUUUCAUCAUCGCACACUAUACCACAUGCUUUGGGUUGUAUUGAGGAGUGUCCACAUUCUCGUGCCGCGCACGAGUAUAUUAUAAUAAAGAAAUCGAGACUUUGGGAAUUA